ACACACACACACACAGCCUAAAAUCCCUUAGAAUCUGCGAUUGAGAGACAAAGAGAGAGAAGACGACGAUGAUACUUCGGACUCCGCCUUCGAAGAGGCCGCGAUCCGAAACGAUGCCCCUGGAGAGCCCAUCGGCUGCCGGGUCGGACCGCCGUAUGGUCAUCUACGACUCUCCUUUGGCGGCGCCGCUCCACGAGUCGCCGCACCAGCACUCCGAUCAUCUCCUCUGCACCUACCAAUGCUGCCAAAUGGUUAAAUUGGAGUUUCUAGAUGCUUUAAGCAGUGCAGAGAAGCAAGUUUGUGAUUACCAAUCCAGAUUUGAGACAAUGAAUGAGAAUUUCAGCAAAGUUGGUGAGUUAAGAAGAAAAUGGUUUCCACUUGUGUUUGCUUUUACAUUAUUGAUUUUGGAAUUUGCAUUUCAAUGGAUUAAGAUUUUGCUGUAUAUGCUUUCACAAGUCAAAUUUAAUGGAACUGUAAUGAAUUUUUGUUAGAAUGGAGGAGAUAGCUAAGCUCAUGUACACAAAUUUACAUACAACAGGAAAGAGAGAAAAAAAAAAUUGACCGGCGAGCUGAGGGAUGAGAGAGAUAAGAGACCAGUGAACUAGAGAGAAAAAAAAAUUUGAGGAAGAAAGAAGAAAGAAGAGAAGCCGGAGA